AUGUUGGACGUCCUCACACGACCAGCAGUGCUGGCCCCGGCGCUGCUCGUAGCCGGCUACGUGCUGUACCAGCUACUCCGCCCAUCCAGGCUGCCCCAACUGCCGAUCAUCGGCGCAAAGCCGGGCGAGUGGUUCCCGCUCACACGCGCGCGAUGGCGGAACGCAAAGGACAUGAAGACCGCCGUCGAGGUCGCCUACAGCCAGUACCGCGACCAGGCCUGCAUCAUGCCAAUCGCCGGCGCAGCCGACCACGUGAUGCUGCCGCCGCGGGAGCUGCAGUGGCUCGUCGACCAGCCCGACCUCGACAUCAGCAUGCACGACCAGAUCAUGUACACGCUGCAGCUCGACCACACCCUCACUGACCCGGAGCUCGGCCGCAAUCCCGUGCACGUGAGUCUGGUCUCCGGGCUCCUGACCCGGGAGACCGGCAAUCUGGUCCCGGAAUUGAUCGACGAGAUCGAGCACGUGGUUGACGAGCUCUGGGGCCUGGACGGCAGCUUCAGGACCAUCUGCGUGUACGACACUUUGAAACGCAUUAUUGGACAAGCGACGAACCGGGUCUUCGUCGGCCUGCCACUGUGCCGCGACGCCGCGUUGCUCGAGGCGGGAAUGGCCUUUGCGCAGGACGUGCCGCUGACCUCGACGGUGCUGCGGUUCAUCUGGCCGCCGAUGAGGCCGUUCGUGGCGCCCCUCCUCACGCUGCCGAACCGCAUCCACACGAACCAGUUCUACAAGAUCAUGCGGCCCGAGGUGCUGCGGCGGCUGGCCGACUAUGAUGCCCGGCAGCGCACGGGGACAGACGCCACCGGUGCCGAGAAGAAGGCGCUUCCAUCCAACGACUUCCUCCAGUGGUCCGUGAACCAGGCCCACGCCUCGGGCGACCCGUACAUGAGCAAGCCCGACACGCUAGCCGGCCGCAUCCUACUGCUCAACUUCGCCUCCAUCCACACGUCGUCGUUCGCCAUCACGCACGCCAUCCUGGACCUGGCGAGCUCCCGGCAGGAGUACAUCGACGAGCUCCGCGACGAGAUCACCACCGUGCUCGCCGAGCACGGCGGCGAGUGGAACAAGCGCGCGCUGGCGGCCAUGCCGAAGCUGGACAGCGUGUUUCGCGAGUCGCAGCGCGUCAACUCGUUCGUGACGCUUGCUUCGAUUCGCUCGGUCGUCAAGCCGGAGGGCGUUACGACGCCUUCGGGCCUUAAGAUUCCGAAGGGCCUCAUGGUAUGCGCACCAUCAUAUCCCGUGUUCCACGACCCCGAACUCUACCCCGAUCCGCAUGUCUUCAAGCCAUUCCGGUUCGCAGAGAAGCGGAUCGUGCCAGCCGAGGCCAACGCCAACGGUGACGCACCGUCGUCGUCAUACGUGCAGCGCGCGAGGCAGGCCUUCGCCAGCACGAGCCCCGAGUACACGGCGUUCGGGCACGGGCGACACGCGUGUCCGGGCCGCUUCUUCGCGUCGAGCGAGCUGAAGCUCAUGCUGGCGUAUCUGGUGACGAACUACGACUUCGAGAUCCAGGAGCGGCGCGCUGAGAACCUGUGGUUUGGGAUGAAUAGGAUACCGCCGAUGGCUGCGAAUAUCAGGAUCAGGAGGAGGGGUUGA